AUGCCAUUGCAAAAGCGUGUGCUGUUGUUUGCUUGUGAUAAAUGUAAGGUUGUGCUAAAGAAGAUUCCAACGAUGGUUCUGCUAAUGGAAAAAGUAAAACAACAGUUGGCCAACAUGAGGAACAUGGAUCAGCCCACUUUUCCUAAGCAAAUCAGUAAAUACAGUGAAGUUGUUAAAAAAAAUACUGAAAAAGUAGUAGUUAUAAAACCAAAAGAUAAAAAACAAGAUAGUUCAGUAACACAAAAGGCUAUUGAAUAA